AUGCUCAAGGGUACAGAAAAGGAAAAGAAAAAGAAAAAAAGAGAGAAGGAGAGAGAGAGAGAGAAGAAAGGGAGAGAAAAGUGUGACGGCACCGGAUUUUGA